GAGUUGACCUCGCGGGCCCGCCGCGUGCUGGCCCUGCUGGCGCGCCCGCCGACAUCAGCAUCCCGCCCAUGCAGUUGCAGUAUACCCGAAAGAUGGCCAGCCACGCCACCGCGGAGUCCCAGGUGACGAAGCACCAUGCUGAGGACGUCGAGGACAGGCGCUCGCGCACCGCAGAGGCCUUUAAGCACGUCCGGUUCAAGAACAAGCGCUUCACGAAGCUUGACAAGUUCUGCAUGCAUGCCCUACGCGUCAUGCACGGCUUCUCCGACGCGGUGAUGCCAAGCACUGUCCCAAUCAGCAUCGCGCACAGCCUCUGGGCUGGCGUCCGCAACCACGAAAAUUUCGUCCAGACUAUUACGCUUACGGACAGCGUGGCGCACGUCAUCGAGCACGCCUGGACCGCGCCGGCAGAUUGUCCAUACUGGAACACCUUGGACAACAUGCUUGCCAUCCAGCGGAUUACAUUGACUUUCAUCGAG